AUGAGAAGAAGACCAAAUGAUUCAUCGUCGUCCCACCCAAAUCAAUUAGACUCUACUAUAAAUGAAGAGUUGAAUAAUUCCAGAGCGUAUAAUAGCUAUAAGAAGGGAGGACAAUCCGGGGGCCCUAAUAACAAUAAUACAAAUAGAAUCUCCACUAGUUCGUUCUUCAGCCUUAAGAAGAAUAGGAACCAAAGCGUCAAUGAUAGUUAUAGUGAUACAUCAUCAUUCGACUCGUCGAGCAUACUAAGUGGCGGUACGGGGAAUUUAAGUCAUAAUAAUAAGCGGCACAAUAGUGUAGUGUCGACCAAUAAAUCGAACACGAAUAUAAUACCUACGUCUCAGGUCACUAAUUCUAAUCACUCUCGGCAUGCGUCAACAUAUAGUAUAUCUACGGUUUCUAAUCCGUAUGAAACUAAGACAUCGAGAUCAGUACACAACAACGCAUUGUCGAGAAAGCCUACCGGCUCUUCCAUGAUUUCCAAGCCAUCAUUAUCGCUAGCGAACGCAAAUGAAACAUCGAAUAGCGGCGUAAAUGGGUUCGUGUUAGAAAAGCCCGAACUGGUUUACGAAAUUGAUAGGAUGUUCCGUGAUUUGAUGGACAAAAGAGAUUUCAAGUCAUUACCACCACAGGCCAAACAGGAAAUGAAUAAUUAUAGUCCUGAUAAGAAAUGGAUGUUAAUUUACCAAGAUGCUUUAACAGAGUAUAAACGUCAAGAGCGAGUAGUUCACAAUAAGGAGGAAAAUGCCACUCCAGAAUUUUAUACUAAGUUGUUGCUAGCUAAGACUAUUACGGCCCAGCAAUUGAAAAAUCUUUGGGUGUCGUUGAGAACUGAACCUAUUGAUUGGGUUCGGAGUUUCAUCUAUGACUGUCAGGGUGAUGCGAUACUAUCAGCAUACUUGAUUAAAAUUCAAGAUUCGAUCAAUCAAAGUGAUAUAAAUGAUAUUAAUGAUGAUAUAUUUGACAAGGAGUUCAAUACGUUAAAGGCGUUGAAAUGUAUGAUGAACCAAAAACUAGGAGCUGAAAGAGUUAGAACUGAUGUCAAUUUGUAUGUUAAUGCCGUUUCGGGCUCAUUAUUAUCACCUAGAAUCCUUACUAGAAAAAUUGCUGCCGAAUCGUUGACUUUUAUGAUAGCGUACUAUAGCCAUAAUAACGAUAAUGACAACCAAAAUGCAUACCACAAGAUACUCAGAGCAUUGGAUAAUAUAUCCAUGAAGCCAUUCUUUGAAUUUGAGUCUGGAAAUGAUGCACCCCAAAGUACUUCAUCCAAAAAGAAGUUGGUGAGAAAACCACCAGCGGGGGAAUCUUACAAAAGGUUUGAGUUAUGGUUGAAAUCGGUAGAGAAGAUAAUCGAUGGUAAAGGAAAAUAUAUGAAUUCUUUAGUUGGUGCCAGUGAAGAGUUGAAAUUUGCAUAUACAGGCAAUUCUAAUCAAGGUAAUCUUGAAAAUCAUUUGUUAGAAUAUUGUCUAGGUACAAUGCUAUUAAUUAAUACAAUAGUUGAAUAUGGAGUUGAUUUCAGAGUUAGAAUACAUUUGAGAGCACAAUUUUUUUCUGCUGGCCUUGAUAGACUUUUUGCAAAGUUUCAUGAAUUAAAUUAUGAAAAUUUAAAUCAGCAAUGCGCUAAAUUCAUAGACUUAGCUAACAGUGAUGAAAGCUACUUAAAAAACAAAGAACAGAUUGAUGAAAAUCUUGAUUUUAACGACCCAGUUGAAUUGGUUGGAUCUUUAUGGAAGAAUAUCAAGAAUAGUGAGGCACAAGGAUUUUUUCUUAGUGCAAUACAACAUUUAUAUCUUAAUCAAUCUGAGAAGAAAGACGAUGCAGAUGAACUAUUAAGAAGUUUGAAGUUGUUAGAUGGUUUAAUCCAGAAUGUUACUAUGGUUCACACAACGAAUGAUGAUUCUGCAGUGGGAAUUGCUAUCAAUAAAUUAUUUGCAAGUUUAAGCACAGAUGACAUGUAUAGAAAGGCUAUUGAAGAGUCAAGGAACUUUAAGCAAAUCGCUGAAGAAGCCACGGCUGAGAGAGAUGAAUUAUCUAGACAAUUGUCAAUGGGUGCUGAUGGUUUAAUUACCAAUUUAUCCAAUGAAAUUAAAGAGCAGGAAACUGUCUUAUAUAGGACAAGAAGAUUAAAUGAAGAAUUAAGUCAAGAACUAGAAGAUUUGAAAAGAAGGCACCUUGUUGAGAAACAAGAGCAGGAAUUAGAGAUGAGAGAAAUGUUAAUUAUGCUUAAUGAUAAUGCACUUCUUGAAUCAAAGAGAAAUGGACCUAAAACAACUGUACUGAUUCAAACGAGUAAUGAGAAAUUAGUUAAAAAAUUACAAAAAGAGAUUCAUAGAAGAAAAGCCGAGUAUAAAUUGGACAAUAGACAAUUUGGUACUCAGGUAGAGCCAAGCUCAAGGUUAAGAGCAUUAAGAGAUCAAAUGGGUGAUAUAGAAAAUAUGGCUAGAGAAUUAGAAAUGACAGAUUUUGAAACAUACGUUGAUCCAAGCUUAAAUAAUGUUGAACUUAAACCGGAUCCUAUAGAAUCAAAAGAGUUAACAGAAACUUCCGAAGACGAAUUUGAAGAUGCAGAAUCAACAGCGCAGAGCAUUAUAGAAGCUCCAGAAGUUGAUAUACCCAAAGGUCCACCAAGGCCAUGCCGAGAAGAUGACUUAGAAAAGCUUGACUCUCUAAGAAAAAAAUUAUCAUCCUUGCAAAGUGAAUCAAAUGACAUUAUGAAAUUCAACAACAGCUCCAUGUUUAGUAAGCAAAAAUACUUAGCAAUGGAAAGAUUACGAGAAUUGCAAAAUAACUUCAAGGAUUUUAAUAUAGAUUUUAGCGUCGAUGAUGAAGAGUCUAACUCGUUCAGUUUUGAACAUGUUGAUCCAAGCAUAAAAGCGAAGAUCCAUGAAGAGUUGGAACAAGUUGAGAAAUUGAAGAAAAGCUUGGAAAUGAAAUUAUCAUCGUUGAACAUUAAACCUGCCAAUUCCUCUAAACCUGAAAACACUAUGCAUAGAUUAGAAGCGAAAUAUAUGCACGGUAAAAAGCCAAUUGCUGAGGGAGCUAUUAAAUCCACACACGCCAAAGAUUAUAGAAGACACAGAAAUACUACAACAGAAGGUAUGGAUCCUAAGUUCCUAAAAGAAUUAAGUUCUACGGUUAAUAAAGCCAUGCCAAUUGACGGUUUUGAUGAUGAGAAGCCAACCAACAAUGAAGAAGAGCCAAAAACCAAGCAGGCUGUACUUCCUCCUCCUCCUCCUCCUCCAUUACCACCUUCAUUAGAUCCUUCUUCUUCAGGCUCAGUCCCACCUCCACCUCCUCCACCUCCUUUGCCAUCAAUGCUUGGUGCUUCUGGAAACAAUGCUGCGGCACCUCCUCCUCCACCCCCACCCCCACCUCCACCUGCAUUUUUAUCUAGCGGCUCGGGGUCACCUGCUCCACCACCGCCACCACCACCUCCAUUCCCUACUGGCAAAGCGCCUAAAGAAAUUGAGAGAUCAGCUACGGCAUCACCAGUUCCUGGUCCAUUUGAUAACUAUCCAAGGCCGAAGAAGAAGUUGAAACAAUUGCACUGGGAAAAGUUUGAUAACAACACUUCAAACUCUUUCUGGCAGAAUGCUCAAACUAAUACCAUAGCUAAUGAAUUGAUGACAAAGGGGAUCUUCGAUGAAAUUGAACUUAUCUUCGCAGCUAAAGAAAUUAAAAAAUUGGCAACGAAGAAAAAGGAAGAUAUUGAUAAGUUAACAUUCUUAUCGCGUGAUGUUGCACAACAAUUCGGUAUUAAUUUGCAUUCUUUCAAUAAUUUAUCGGAUGAGGAAAUUGUGGCCAAGAUCUUGAGAUGUGAUAAAGAUAUUAUUACAAACCCUGCUAUUUUGGAAUUUUUUGGUAAGGAAGACAUCGUUGAGGUUACGAAUACAAUGGCAAGAAAUUUUGAGCCAUAUUCGACUGACUACAAGAUGGAUCAAAUUUCAAAACCUGAUAAGGACCCGAAUGAGUUACAGAAACCUGAUAGAAUAUAUUUGGAAUUGAUUUAUAAUUUGCAGCAUUAUUGGAAAUCUAGAAUAAGAGCAUUAGCAGUUAUGUCUUCUUUUGAAAAGGAGUAUGAUGAACUUGUUUUCAAAUUGAGAUCGAUUGACGAAGCAGUGGAAAACAUUAAGAAUUCACAACACUUGAAAAGUGUAUUUGAAAUUAUUUUGACUGUAGGUAACUAUAUGAAUGAUUCUACAAAGCAAGCACAGGGCUUCAAAUUAAGUUCGUUGCAAAGAUUAAGCUUCAUGAAGGAUGACAAAAAUAGUAUGACAUUUUUGCAUUACGUUGAAAAAAUUGUCAGGACUCAAUAUCCACAAUUAUUAAAUUUCUUAGAUGACUUGUCUAAGUGCUUGGAGAUAUCAAAGUUUUCGAUUGAAACUAUUGCAAACGAUUGUAAGGACUAUGCACAAAGUAUCAAGAAUGUACAGAGUUCGAUAGACAUUGGUAAUUUGAGUGAUGUUUCCAAAUUUCAUCCUCAUGAUAAGAUCUUAAAGCUGGUUCUUCCCGUUUUACCUAAAGCGAAGAGAAAGGGAGAAUUGUUAUUAGAUCAAUCAGGGUACACUUUGAAAGAGUUCGACCAAUUAAUGAGAUAUUUUGGUGAAGAUCCGUCUGAUUCAUUUGUCAGAAAUUCUUUUAUUAGUAAGUUUGGUAAUUUCGUUAAGGAUUUCAAGAGAGCACAAACCGAGAAUAUUAAACGUGAAGAAGAGCUUAGGAUUUACGAAAACAGAAAGAAACUAUAUGAAACUCCUAGGAAACGCGUGGAGAAUAACGAAGCAAAUGAUGAUAGUGAUUCUAAUGUUAUGGAUUCGUUGUUAGAAAAAUUGAAGGCUGCAGGUCCCAAGGGUGAGCCCUCGUCAGCAAGGAAGAGGGCAUUAAUGAGAAAGCACUUGUUGGAAGGUCUGAAAAAAAGUCCCCUGAAAGCAAGUGUACAGCUAUCCCCACCGCCGUCUCCCGAUUCUCAGGAUGAGCAUGCAUUACUUUCGCCUACUGGUGAUGCAUUUUCGUCUCAAAUAAAUGUGGACCCAGUAGAAACUGAUGCAGCCGUGAACGAUGAAGAAGUCAUAGAGGAAGAAAAGGAUGUUGGUUCAAGAGCAAGAGACUUGUUGAAAGAAUUAAGAGGUGUGAACGAAAACAACUCUACUGAUCGGAUGUCGGCAGCGCUGAAAUUCAGACAGGAGCGCCUUAGAAGAAAACUAUCAAAUAUUGGGAUAGCAAAUGAUUCGGAACCAACUUCUAUUGCAGAGAAUGAUGAAAUUGGAGAAUAA